CUACCAUUACAUCUGCCUUUUUUUGCACUAUUUGUAUUGUUAUUUGUAUCGUUGCUGUAUAUUUUAUAUGUUUAAAUUUUAGUAAUUUUUUGUAUUUUAGUUUUAGUAUUAGGAAAUGUCUGUCCAUCUGUUGUGCCUGUGCACUUUAACUGUUUUCACCGCAGGCGAAUGAGAAACGUCCUCUCGAUUCUUUGUAUGUCUGGUACAUGUGAAGAAUUGACAAUAAAGCUGACUUUGACUUUGACUUUGACGUAUUCAUCAAAGCCAUUCAAAGACAAAGCUCAGAACCCAAUCAAAGAUAAAUCCAUAUCCAUCCAUCUACUACUGCUUUAUCAUCCACAUGAAAGUCCUUUGUAAUUCUCUCUCUUUAUUUCUCACUGACACUUAAAAGGCAGAAACAAGGCACAUUUUUGUGCCACGACCAUGAGUUGGGCUCUCCUGACCCGUCUGCUGGAGGAAAGCCAGAACCACUCCACAUUUGUGGGCAAGCUCUGGCUAACUGUGCUCAUCGUGUUCCGCAUUGUGCUGACAGUAGUAGGAGGAGAGUCUAUCUACUAUGAUGAGCAGAGCAAGUUUCUCUGCAACACACUACAGCCGGGCUGUGACAACAUGUGCUAUGACGCCUUUGCUCCACUCUCGCAUGUCCGCUUCUGGGUCUUCCAAAUUGUCCUGAUAACCACACCUUUACUCGUUUACCUGGGAUAUGCUGUCAACAAGAUUGCGCGUAUGGAAAAACAGGCAGACGGCAGAGAUGUGAGGAAACCCAAGAAGCACCACUGCCUUUGCUCAAGAAAGCAGCAUCGGGGAUUUGAAGAGGCUGAGAAUGACCAUGGGGAAGAACAAGUGAUCAAUGAAGUGGUCGAGCUGCUGACUGAUGGUGCUGGACCAGCAAAAGGAGACGGCGGUGACGGUCAAACAAAUGUUAGGACACGGCAUGAUGGGCACCGGUACAUCAAAAAAGACGGACUGAUGUGCAUUUAUGUGUUUCAGCUCUUGGUCCGCACUCUGCUGGAGGCUGCGUUCCUGUGGGGACAGUAUUACCUGUAUGGAUUUUCAGUACCGCACACCUUUUUGUGCUCAGUCGAUCCCUGCCCUCACACCGUGUCCUGCUACGUGUCUCGCCCCUCUGAGAAAACCAUCUUUCUGCUCAUCAUGUAUGCCGUCUCUGUCCUCUGUCUGUUACUCAAUAUACUGGAGAUGAUUCACUUGGGAGUCAGAGCUGUCUGUGACAUCGUCAGCUGCUGCUGCUGCUGCGUGAAGACCCUUGAUGAAGAAGGCAGUUUGACACAGGCUGAGUUGACUAGUGAGGAUCCCAACAGAUGCUCUAGUUUCCACAAUAUAUCAUCUUCAUAUCGGGACGAUAUCAAGCCCUGUGUGGUUUUUACAAGAAACUAUGACAAAUGACAAGUGUCCAUCACGGAUCUGGCUAAAACAAAAAUGACCUGCAGACAGAACCACAUGAACAUAGUCCAAGGGGAGAGACAGCAGCACAACAUACACACUGACAACCUGGCCGGAGCAGGAUUGGAAUGUGACCCGGAAAGUGUUAAGAAUGAUUUAAGUCAGAGCAAGAAGAAGCCGCGGGCUGACACACAGGUCUACUGUGAAUGGCAGGGCCUCAGUAACAAGCACAGCAGGGCUCACAGAGAAGGUAAACACCAGCGAGUCAACGGACAUGCCUCCAGCAAAGCAGAUGCAGACAGCAGUCACUGCAGCAUAGAGUGGGUGUGAAGUACAGAGAUUUGAAUUACUAUUAAAACUAACACAAAAAAAAACACCUAAAAAAAAGAACCUCAAACUGUGAUUAAGAACUUCGAACUGUGGAGGGCAGCGUUUCACCUCUUAGUGUACAGACAACCAGAAACUAUCAUGCAACCCAAGUGUCCUUCUAAUGUACAAUAAAUCUUUAGUGGCACUUUUUGCACGUGUGUGUGUGCAAAAGUGUUAAUUAAGCCAACUUUGUAUGGCCUUAGUUUAACAAGCGGCAGCUUGUGUACAGUUUUCUGGAUAAAAGCGUGUAUGUGUAAGUAGACUAUUGACUUCUAAAGCAAACUCAGCAUCUCGGUGUCUCAGAGCAGAGAGUGAAGCUGAAUUUUACACAAUUUAAAACCUCAUUUCCAAACACUUUUGGUAAGGUGGUCACUAACACACUUCUUUCCACUUCACUGGAAUUUAAAGUGUUGUUGGUGUUUUUUUAAACAAAGAGCUACUGCACACUGACGUCUGCAUCACUAAUGUUUCUGUUCUACACAAUGUGAACUAAGAGAAGCCUGGUGGACGUGACUUGAACUCAUUAAACAGGGUUGACCGUGAUAUUUGCACCAGAGACUGGAGGAGACGGUCAAGAGUCACAAAGACAUACCAAAUUGUGUUUUCAGGAAAGGGAUGUAAAUACUGGAAUAGGCAGGAAUACUGUACAUUAAUGACACUUGUGAGACUCAAGAUAAACAACAGCUGACAACCCAGACUGUGAUCACUUUAUAUGAACAUUUUAAUUAAUAAUUAUUAUUUGUUUUUAAAUAAGUUUUUUUCAACUUUUAUUUUACCUUCUAUGCCCCACAAGAGAAAGUGUGUUAUAAUAUAAAGGAGAAAGGCCACUGGUCAGGCUUCAUAACACUGCUACAGCUUCGACUGAUUUAUGACGGUAUUUUUAAUGGUUUAUUUCUAUUUCAAGUUUAAACAGUGUUUAAACUGUAUCUGCAUGUCCCCCUGAAAACAAAGACACUCCUGUCUCUCCGGGCUUCCUUUGUUCCUCCCUCCUCUGCCUCUCUGCCUUUGCCACAAUAGCAACAAGUCACUCUGUUUAAAGGGACGCAUUAAUGAGACUGCUCACUGCCUCUUCCCUGCAAUCACCACCCCCAUCUCCAGAGGGAGAGCUGUUUCAGCGCUUUACAAACUGUUGCACAUUCCACGUCAGGCAACUUAUCUUCCAUUAAACUGCAAAGGUCACAUACAUCGCACCAUGCAAGUUCCUUCCACUCCUGUGCUGACACUGCUCCCACAGUACUGCCCUCUAGUGAGGAGGAUCUGAAAUGAAGUCACUUAGAAAUUGUAUUUCUGUUGUAAAUGUGAAAACACCCCAAUGUCCACUAGUCUGUCUAAUAAAUGGGUCACUUGUUUUUAUGAAUUAUUUUUGAUGAACUGGAAAGAACAAAAACCAAAUCACUUCAGUUUCAAUAACUGGCAGAAAGACUUAGGUAGCCAUGAAAGUAAGUGAUGAAUAUGAGUAUGAAUAUCAAUAAACUGUAUUAUCGCUUGUCUGUGCGUCAUGUGUUUUGAUUUGUCUGUACAUGAUGCUGUGCUCUAUUGUCUUAUGUCUUAUGAUGUUGUUUACUCAUAAUAUAUGUCUGAGUUUGGCCCCUCACCUCAUCGACUUUUCAAAUAUCCUGGCUCCUUGACCUUCUGAUCAAUCUCAUUGUAAACUGUUUUACUUAUAUCACAUGACGUGCUCAUUUCAAACAUGUUCACAAUUUAUCAUUAAAAUUUUUUUUUAUACAAGCAAAGAUAAACUGUAGCACUGAAAAGUGUUAUUGGGUAUCUGUGCUACUGCUGAUCUACUUAAACAGACAGAAGGGCAAACCAAAUAAACACAUUUAGAAUAAAAAUAAAUGUUGGUUUCCUAACAGAAAAGGAUUUGCCCCAUGACCCGUUGAGUUGGUUGAAUUGAUUUGUUUCUAUAUGGGUGAUUUUGUUGAUUUACUAUGUAAUGAUAUUCUUCUGUGAGCUAGAAGAGUUGGGAAAGCAAUUAUGUUUAUGUUUGUUUUCUGUCUGUGACCCCAAAUAACCUAAUCUUGAUAAUAUUUUGAAAAUCAUUGACAUCAUGACAGGACAUGAUCAGGAACACAUGGGGUGAGUUGUCAGGGGCUCUGUCACACCUUUCACAUCUAUUUUUAGAGUCGAUUAUAGAUAAUCUUACUAAGAAUGAGCAUGAUGUGAAACUGAAUUAUACUCAGCAUGUGAGGUUCUGUUAUUGUCCUCUUCCUCCUUUAACUCAUUUGCCCUGAUCUUUGAUAGGGUCACAUUCUUACCAGAGGAGAUAAAGUCAUAGAUGAUUAAAAUCUUCCUUUUGAGGUUAAAAGAUAUCUCCUCUUAUCUUUCUGAUAAGAGUCGAAAUGGGGAAGGUUUCAUUUCUGUGAUAAAUUGAUACGAUUUGCAAACACACAGUUUAUGUUCAUGUCUAUACAUUUGACCACACCUUGCUUUUAGCAAAAUAUUGAAUAUCGGCUCUAAUCUGGCUGGAGGAAAAGGGGAUGAUUGCGUACAGGGUCGAUGGUUAGACAACCUUUGAAUCAGAAAUGUGAGACAGUGUCUGUUUGUUUGUCUG